CUUCAAAUCAACAAUCGUUCGUUCAUAAAUCGAAUUCAUAGAAUUGGAUCUGUCUCUGAUUCAAAGUCGAGCCGAGGAGGGUCGUAUAGCACUUCUAACCCCACCAAAUUUAGUGUUUGAAACUGCGUGCCACUGUUAUUGUUGUUCUUGCAGUACCAAUUCCAUGGCCUCUAAAAACGAAUGCGAGAAUUCAACCGAUAAUUCUCCAUCAUCGCCAAAGAACAUAUACAAAGAUCCAGAUGAUGGGCGGCAACGGUUUUUGCUUGAACUGGAGUUUGUUCAGUGCCUUGCCAAUCCUACCUACAUCCACUAUUUGGCACAGAAUCGAUAUUUUGAGGACGAAGCAUUCAUUGGAUACUUGAAGUAUCUUCAAUAUUGGCAACGUCCUGAAUAUAUAAAAUUUAUUAUGUAUCCUCACUGCCUGUAUUUUCUUGAGCUGCUUCAGAAUGCAAAUUUCCGCAACGCAAUGGCACAUCCUACCAAUAAGGAACUGGCACAUAGACAACAAUUCUACUUCUGGAAGAACUAUAGGAACAAUCGGCUAAAACAUAUUUUACCAAGAUCACUUCCUGAACCUAGUGCCACACCUGCACUUCCUGCUCCUGCUUCAACUCCGGCUCAGGCACCUGUGUCUGCACUACCACCAGUACCUGCAACAAGUGUUGCUGUGACAGCAACACCUACUCAAGCUCCUUCUCCCAUGCCUUAUGGUUUGCCAAAAAAUGACAUGAGGAAUCCUACUAUUGAUAAUAGAAGGAAGAGAAAGUGAGUGUGCAAUGCAAUAUGUAAAUUGAUAACAAAAACAAUGUAAUGUGGUUCAAUCAGGCAAUCAAUUUUCUUAUUCCUUCUUAGUUAAGAGAUUUAAGUGCUGAUAAUGAUAGAUUUUUUUUUAUGCAAAUUAUAUUUAUGACUGUCUUCUACUCUCGUUGUAGAUUUUGAUUGGCCAGAUCAUAGCCAGUGUACCUAAUUUGUAAGCUUGGGAUCAUCUCAAUGAGAAAGGAAUUUGUUACCCAUCUCAUUGCUUUCA